UCAUAUCUCGUGUCCUCUGUACGUGGUGCAUUUUUUCAUCAGCCAAUUGGGGUGGAGGCUAAGGGACAGCGGCUUCUUUUCACUCUUCGUCGCUUAGUUACGGGCUGUUCAGUGAAUUACUGCGGGUUAACUGGAGACCAGUAGUUGACGGUAGUCGAUUAUUUUUAUUUAUCCAGCGAUUGAUGGAAUACUGAUUUUUGAUCUUGGGUCUAUGUUUGACCACAUAGGGAUUUUCUUUCACUAUGAACAAAGACGAUGACUCCAUUGAUAGUGAGGUGGACCAUUCUUUCUUUGACAGCGACUAUGAAGAGAAGCAAAAGGUAAAGGAAAACCUAGCAGAAGGGAAACCAAUAACUGAUAAAAGUAUUACUGAAAUCAGUCUAAGAAAUACUGAAACCAAGAAUGAUAAAGUAAGUGAUUUAAGUGAUGUCUCAAAUUCUGAAACAAAUAAUUUGAGUGAUAAUUGCACUGAGGUACAAGAAGCAGGUGAGAAAAGGAAUGGACAGUUAAAGGAAAAACUGUGCAACGAUGACUGGCAGGAUCUUAGGUCAGCAAGUGCAUCAUCUGCAGUUUCUCUUGAUAAAUCAGUGGGUGAUGUAUCAGAAGGAUCAUCAACCCAUAUAAACAGUAAAAGAAAAAACUCUGUAUUGACACUGAGAGUGAAAAAAGAUGGAGUUGAGCAUUAUGAGUGUGAUGCAGAUAGUAGUGAAGAUGAGCACGAUAAAGAAAGAUUGAGACCUAAAUCAGCCAAGUUUCACAAUAGCCAUUCAAGGAGCAGUGAAACUAAACACGUCACUUACAGUUCUUCAUGUAGUUCAGCUUCAUGUAGCUCAGAUACAGAAUCUGACAGUUAUUCUUCAGUUUCCUCUUAUUCAUCAUCAAGAGCAGAUGAUCUUGAUUCAUCAUUUUCUUCUCCAGAACGGAAAACAAAAUUAAGCUUACCUGGAGCUGGUAAGAAGAAUAAUAGAGACUAUGCUGAUGAAUCUGAAGACACAGUAACAGAUGUAACACCAUUAUCCACACCAGAUAUGAGCCCUAUCCAGUCUUUUGAUCUUUCGGCCUCAAGUGAUACUUCAAAACAUAAGAAAAUUAGGAGACAGGAGAAUGUAAGCCAAGAAGUGUAUGGUGAUUUUAAGGUUGAACAAGAAAAAUCAGCCUGUAAUAUAGAAAAAGGAAGGUCUGAAAUUUCUUCAUCCAAAUCAGGAUCUACUUUGUUGUCAGAUACAGUGUCUUUGGAUUCUGAACAUGACAGAAGGAGUACUCAAAAGGUUUUGGAUGAUGCCGUUGACUUGAAUCAUCUUUUGAAAGCAUUUAUGCACAUUGAGAAGAAAGAGCAGAGAAAUGUGAUCAUUGAUUAUCCCACACCAACGCCCAGGAAGAACUAUUCCUUUAGCAAUGAGGAGGUUAGACAGAUUGAUCGUGAGAAUCAGAGGCUCUUAAAAGAACUCUCCAAACAGGUGUCAAAGUCAAAAACGAAGAGUACUAUCGAGAAGAAACCUGUUGUCCCAUCUGUUAGACUGUAUCAUACUGCAAUCAACAGACAGAAGGAGCAACAGAGGAUUGAGCGGGAAAACCUGGCUUUGUUAAAAAGACUUGAAUCUGUGAAGCCAACUACUGGUAUGAAACGUUCUGAGCAAUUACUUGACUACCAACGUCAGAUGGGUUAUUUGGGUUCAGCACAGUCACUUCUAAAGCCAAACAGAUCAUUGGGGAGUAAAGUGCCCUCAGGAAGAAGUUCCAGAGUGCCCAGUGCCAACAGCUGUAGGUCUGAAUCGGCUUCAGAUGCAUCCAGUGCAGGAUUGUCAAGACCUAAUAAACCAACAAAAACACGAGCCGCAUGGAUGUAAUCUGUGAACAUAUAUUUUGCACUUUUAUGGAUUUACUAUUUUAUUAUAUUUAGUAUAGUAUUUGUAGUUUCAAAUGUAUUUAAGAUGUUCACAAAUCAGGAAGUACAACUUGAUUUUUAUGUCCUUCAGCUGUGAGCUGAUGUUGCAAAAUACUUUAAAACUGAAGUAAUGGUGAGGAAAUGUUUGUAAUUUCAUAUUUUAAGUGAACUGUUUGAUGUAUAGGUUCUUAAUACUUUUUACAUCAGAUAACUGUUUAUAUUUCAUAUUUUUAAAUAUAUUGAUCUGUCAGUAAUGCAUCAGAUAACCAAGCCUAUAUUUCGCUUCAUUGAAUGUAGUGAUCUCUCAGUAAGUCAGCUUUUAUUUUGUGUUGCUUAUGAUGUAUUCAGUACUGAUUGAGGACAAUUUUUGCAAUUUUUAAAUACUGCAUGAUUUCAACACAAGUGUUUUGUAUAUCUGAGUUAAAUUCUAUAUAGCUAAAUUUUACACACUUCUUUGUGAGCACCCAAGACAUUAUAUGCUUCAUGCAGAAAAUUGGGGUGUACAACAUUCUGACUAUAAAUUGUUUCUUAAAUGUUCUACUAACAUACAAUAUAUUGUUGUAGAUAAAAUACAUUUUAGAAAAGAUUCCUGCUGUUACUCCUUUUCCCAAUGGAUGCAACAGUCAUACUAUGGUCCUUGGAGAGUUUCAGUUGGGGAACCUGUGUGUGAGACCACAUGGUCCAGAGAUUGGUUCAUAGGUGUGAUUGUCAUGUUCACAAUUUACUGGCCUUCAAGAAAAUUUGCUUGACAUAUGUUUGUAUUUUCUACUUCACAUACAUAAUUAUUUUUGAAGAAGGUUCUGACUCAUUUUGAUUUUAUGGGGAACCUUACUCCAUAAUCUGAGAGGGUUGUGCAAUACAUUUGUCUUUUCUGUUUAUUUUUGCUAUUAGGUUUCCCUGUCUACUAUUAGCUUCCCUUGCUGUGCAUUCCAGGCAUCUUUCAGUUCUUGAACCUUUCUAAGUAAUUCAGAUUUUUCAACCCUCUGACUAUGUAGGUUUUCACAGAAACACCUGCAUAAUAUAUGUACUAGAGCUUUAAGCAGUAGGUGGUCCACAGUUUCAUGCAGCCUUCCAGGUAUGCUCAGGAUGUAUUCAUGUAGUUUAAUAGCAGUUGAUACAUCAGCAAAUGGAAGUACACAUAUUCUUAUAGUUCAAGUCUGAAAGCACUGCAUAUUUGGAAAUAGGUCUUACUGCAGUGAUUACUUCUGGUGAGAUUUUAUCUUUCUGAUGAGUAACAGCUAAUGCCUUAGCUAAGAUCACAAAUUAGAAAUCAACAGUCAUACCUUUAUAGUAGGACAUUUUUGUCUUCAUAGGACCCCUUUUGGAAGACCUUGUAAAGUGCCACGCUUUCUACCCAUCUUCAAACUAUGCAAAGCAGACACUUGCAUACAUUCCUCAUAUCUAGGUCCUGAGAGUUGUGAUAUAUCUCUGACAGUCUCUUCUUGUCCAAAGAGCCUUUCUGAGGCAGAUUUCUCUUGAUGCUCAUCCCUUCCAUGUGGCUUAUUAAGCCCUUUUCUCACCUUCUUCAGAUUUUGCCCUGCAGACAGUCUUUCCUUUUCUCAUGUCCAGUGGCUUCCUUUGUCAGUAGUGCGACAGAGAUCUACACCCUAGUUUGAGAUUUCUUUGUCUUCACCCAUCUUACACCUAGGUCACAUUAGUUGACAGCCUACCUGAAGUUUCCCAUAGCCAUCUUGAAGUACUGGCUGCCUCAUUAGGCCAUUCAUGAGAAACACCUUUUCCUUGAAAUUGCAGGAUUUCUUGGAUGAGAAUUGUGAUCCACUAAGAGUACCAUUGCUGUACAUUUGCAAAUACCCAAGACACCUAUUUGAACAUUUUCAUCCUUUCUUCCAUCGUAAUCCUUUUUUAACAUUUCUGACUUCCAUUUGAAAUAUAGGUAGUAUUAUGAGUAGAUCUGGUUCAAGGUGAUGCACAGCUGAGGGCCUUUUAAAUUUAAAACUCCCAUUUUAAGAGUUCCUUCUUACUUUAAGACCUAAAUUUCCUGUUUGAAAAGUCAACUAAUUUCCUUUUGAACCUGAUACUGCUUUGUUUAAACAUGGUUCUUGGGAAAACUGUCUUCAUAGUCGUCAUCAUACCUGCUAGUAGUCUCCAUAACACCUGCUAGGGUAUCAGAAAAAAUUAAGCUCUUGCAUCUUCUUGUCCUCACUUGACUUUCCAUCAGGAUGAGCUUCCCUUUUAAGUAACCCUAGCUUCAUUCUUAAAGUUGCACAUGGAAAUUUUCAGUUUAUUCAUCUGUUUUUUGUUGUCUUCUUUCUUCCAUUAGAAGACCUGUAAUGGAGAAGAAUUUUCUUAUGCACUUUCAUAGCAUAGAUAACUGUAGUGUUAGCAGAGAACUGCAGUUUACAAGAACAAUCCAUACCUCUCCAGAAACAUUGAAGAAGUAAGAUCUUCAAGGGGAUCUCUGCACUGAGUGAUAGUUAAGAUUGUUCUUCAGGUGGGCUGUCUUCCUUGGAAUUUGUCUCCAGAUAUCUUUAGUUGCUUAUCUUGGAGUGUUUGUUCUUCUCCCUUCCCAAAUACCAGUGCAUGUCAAGCAGUCUUAACUGCUGUGCCAGUGUUAAGAGAGAGUUCCAGCCUCGAUGCUCCCAGUUCAUUCUUCCUACUCACAGCAGUUAUUAUCAAAGUUUUCAUGGGCAUCAUUUUAUUUUAUUUUAUCUUAUCUGUUUGCCAGGGAAUUCCUGUUGGGCAUAUGACCCCAUUUUAGCAGAGGCUCAGCGAGAAAAGUUCCAUCAUGAAUAAGAGUUAAAAAUUUGAAUAUGUUCACCACAUGUAGGUCAGCAUUAGGACACACACACACACACACACACACACACACACACACACACACACACACACACACACACAUAUAUAUAUAUAUAUAUAUAUAUAUAUAUAUAUAUAUAUGUACAUGUCUCUAUAAACACACACAUGAAAAUACAGAGGUUGCUGAAGUAAAUCAUGAAUAAUCGUUACAAAUUUGAAUAUGUUCAUCACAUGAAGGGCAACAUUAAAAUGCGUAUAAAAGGACAUAAGUAAAAGUACAGAGGUUAUUACCGGAAAGUUUCUGUGCUUGAUGCAAAAAAUAAAAAAAUAAACCUUUUAGGUAUACCUGUAGCCUUCAGUUCACCUACCUGGAUCCCCUUUAGUUGGGCACAAAAGGUCAUGGCUUUGGCAUCCUAGGUGAAAGUGCAGUGCAGAUGCAGGUUUGGCGGCCCCCUGCUGUUGCUUCCAGGCCUUUCAGUUGCCAUUAUUGUCAUAGUCACAUUUUUACACUUUAGAAUGUUGAUGUUUUUUAUUAGAUCUCUGGUGUUUCUUACAUAUAGGAUGUUCCCUGCAAAGGUCCUACCAGUCCUGCCAGCCUUUCAAAGCUCAGGAUCCAUACCCUGUGAGGUGUACAUCAGCUUUGGGCACCUGCCAGUAUGCUGGUAUAAGAAGAGCAUACGUCUACAACAUACGUAGAAACCUUCUUGUUGUGUUUGUUAUAUGCAGUCAGCACUACAAACAGUUUUGCCAUUUCAUUGGUCACAGCCUUGAAUGCUCAAGAAGAUAAGUACUCCAUUAGGGACUCUUUGUUCUCUAUUUUUUCUUUCUCAAAUUUUGUGAUAUUUUCAUUUAUGUCACUCUCAAAAAAGGUAAAGUGUGACUAUGGUACACAGAUUCUGCAACUACCACUUUAGUUGUCUAAGGGCUCAGCAUGAUAUUAAAUCUUAUAAAAUCUGUCAUGAAUUUGUUCCUAAAAUCUUUAGAAGCCACCUAAGGACUAUAGACCAUUAUGUGGAAAACAGGAGGUUGUCUGUUUUGGCACAUGCACUGUGUCAUCUGCUUCUUCAGUUUCAGCAGUGUGAUCCUUCAGCCAAAAAGAAGCAUAUGGAAACCAUGCCAAAAUGAUGAUAAAGACAGAGCCUCCACUUCGUCAAGGUCUGAAAUGGCAAAUUGUGGUGAGGUGCUUUUGUAGCCCUCUGACCAUCUGUUAGCUUCAUCCAGGCUUUCUAGUGCUGCCGCUUUGGUAGAUGUCAUGACCAAGGAAAAGUGCAUGUCCUUACCCACCAGUCAUCCAGUAAUGUCUCCUCUUGAAUCAAGAGUCAUUAUUUCUGAAGGUGAGGGAAUAUAAACCAGAUUCUGAUGAGGAAAGAGAUUUAAGGAUCUGGAAUAGAGAUCCAUCCUUUACUGCAGAAGCUUCAAGCAGGUGUCCCACAGAAAAGGCAACAAGAAAACAAAACAUUUAUCUUCUGUCCCCCACUCCUAGAAAAAUACUAAUUUCCCACACUUGUCAGGAAGAUUUUUUUUUUACUUUUUUGCUCUUUCCUUUUUCUUUUUUUUUUUUUCCUCAAAAGGUUGAUUAAAAGCUAUACAGGCUUUGUUGGGAGAGGGGCAGUGAAACUCCUCAGAAAGAAAAGGGGAAUCUCCUGUAUAACUAUCUUGUGGAUGUAGAAGGCUUAGAUUAUGCCUCUCAGAUUCCCUUUUCUUCAGAUUGAGUUACACAUGAAUAUUUCCUUCCUCUGACUCUCCAAAUUAGGAGAUUUUCUUUGGUAAAAACAUUUCCAAGAUUUAGGAAUUUUUAAUGUGGGAAGGUAGGGAGAUUUCUGAUACUCAAGAGAGAUUUUGAUUUUCUCCACGUGAAUAUUCCCACUUGUUAUAAUCCCUCCUUUGCUUGGAAUUUAAGAGGAUGCCUUUCUUUUCAGUUUCACAACUUGCAUAAAAUUAUAUGUAAAAGUCCUCUUGCAGACCCUGCAGUGAUCUUCUUUAGAAGAAGGCCCUAAAGUAGUUCCUACUCCAGACUCUUCCUUUUGAUAAAGAGAGCAAUGUUGAAUACAGAUACAGUAAAUAAAAAGUCUAUACUUCAGCUGCUCUGUCUUUUAGGGCUAAUAAUUGUCAGAUUCACAUGAUUACAUUUAUUUUAGCAAUGUUGGACAAUGAAUGAAAAAAUGCUGAGGUUGCUAAGCAAGGUGUGCAGUCAAAUCCAUCAGAAAUGCUGUAUUAAGCCUCUCAAGUAGAUAAGCAUGUUACAAAAUGUGGGUAUGAUCCUGCUGAUGCUUCUAGAGAGAUGGUGCUACUGGUUCUGUCAUACAUAGGCAUGCCUGGCUAAGUAUCCAGCCUUUACCCAAAGAUGUUCAGUCACAGUUAUUGAAUGACCAUCUAGAUAGAGAUUUCUUAUUUGGGGCUCCCUCAGCUGAACUCUUCAAGAAGAUGGAAUAGAGUGGUAAAGGUAUUCAAGGUGUAAAGCAGCUUUUCUAUUCUCCUGUACCUAGAAGUGACAGAAAUUAUCCUUCAAAAUCAUUUCCCUUCUUUAGAAAGCAGACUAAAACCAAACAUCAGCAGCAAAAAACCUUGUAAAGGUCAAUUCAAGAAGACAUGACAAAGAAGAUGGGCCAACAGUAAUAAUCAACAGCCAUGACUCUGUCCUUCUUCCCUUCCUGUUUCCCUUCCCCACUCUGGCCUUUUUCCCUUUCCACCCAAAACUGCUGACAAACUUUCUCUCUUCCUACCAUUAUAGGAAACAGUUACUUCUAACCCUUGUUUUGGAGUUCCAUUGAAGUUUAUAACCUCCUCGUAUGAUGUUCCAUACCAAACUCCCUCAGGUAUUCCUCAGAUUCCUGAAAAAAAAACAGAAAUUAAUUAUUCUGCCUAUUGUUUCAAACCUCUUUCUCUAAGGAGUCCUAGAAGAAAUGCCUCAUCAGUGGCGCAAGUGCUACUAAGACCCAUUUUAGUACCUAUCCCAUUGGGCUGUAGUCAGGGCUUUAACCUUCUGUGCCACUGGAGCAGUUAACUUCCCUCCAUUCCUGCCUUCAAAAUGUUCACUCAUCGUUCUCUUUUUGCCUCUUCGCCCAAAUACUCAGUUGGAAACUCUGGACUUAAAGGAUGCUUUUUUGCACACUCCUGUCCACAAGAGUCACAGAAUAGUUUAUUGUGCUCUUUCACUAUCAGUUUACUACUUUAUCAUUUGGCUUUCCAUAGCACCAAGGGAAGUUAUAAAUUGAUUAGCCCUGUCAUAGCAUUCUACAGACUCCAGGGAUUUCACGUUUAAUCUUAUCUGGAAAAUUGUCUGAUCCAUGCUGCUUCUGCUUCAGACCUGCAAAAGUUAUUUGACUUUUCUGUAAACCUCCUUCAGAAUCUAGGGUUCACUCUUAAGCUAAAGAAAUAUUGCCUGAUUCCUUCUUUCGAAGUAUCUUUUCUGGACUGCCUAAUAGAUAACCACAAUCCAAACAUUUUCCUUUGGGUUCACAGCUUCAACCAUUUUCAUGAUCCCUUAUGCAAGGCUUCAUACAAGGAAAUUGAAGUGAUAUCUCAGGUAAGUCUAGAAUCAGCAGCAGCAUUCUCUCAACCACCAUAUUCCCAUCAUUUCCAUUCCUAGUUCAUGAAUUGCUUUGGUAUGCCAAACAGGUACAUUUCAGUCAGGUUGUUCCUUUUGUGCACUCUGCACCAGAUCAGAGAAUUGUAAAAGAUGCUUUGUAAGGAGAAAUUGCUCCUAGGAAACCAGUGUCCAGGGUGUAUGGAGCUUUUUUUAAACAAAAAAGAGAUACAUCACUAUCAAAGAGAUGGUGGCCCUGAUUAAUGGUCUCAAAGCUCUUUACCAGUUGCAGACUCCAGGAACUCUCCAGGUCAUAACAGACAAGUAUCCUAGUGAUAUGGUACAUAAACAAACAAGGUGAGAUCAAGUCUUAGCAAUGAUUUAGUGAUGUGGUACAUAAACAAGCAAGGUGAGAUCAAGUCUUAGUAAUGAUUGCUUGAAAAGUAGCCAUGCAAUACAAGACUCUCUCUACAAGCAGUCUACAUUCCCUCAUGUCUGAAUACAGUAGCAGACUCAAUAUGCAGAUAUUGGACAGACCUUCAUGAGUAGAUAUUAACCAGACAGGACUUCCUUUUGUUUAUACAUCAGUAUGGAGUUCCUCAAAUAAACCUUUUUUCCAUUAAUACGGAACAGACAAUGGAGUCUAUCCUGCUCCAGGAUCCUUUCCAAACAAACAAUGGCAACAAAUGCUUUCUCAAUAAGUUGGAAUGGGAAGUUUCUGUAUGCUGUUCCACCUUUUCCUUUCAUUCCUAAAGUACAUUUGAAAAUAGGAAGGGAUAGUCCAUUGAUGCUACUGUUUACCUAUUUUAGGCCAAGACAUUUUUUCUCUCUUCUGAAGGAACUGAUCAGAGGUCAUUAUAAGAGUCUUUCUCUCCUGGUGAAUCUUCUCUCUCACUCAGGGCAAAGGGUUGUUAAUACAUCCCAUUCUGUAUAACUUGAAGCUCAUAGCAUGGGUGAUAUGAUUUUACUUCCUUUCAGGCAUCUGUUCCCUCAGGAUUUGCUGUAAAUUUUUAGAGAGGCAAAUAAACCUAAUACCAAGAAGUCUUAGAGUGGAAAAAUGUUUUCUAUCUGGUGUCAGAAAAAGGACAGGACCCCAGUAAAACCAGGGGCUCCACGAGUUUAUCUGUAUCUCUGAGUUACUCAAAUCUGGCUUAUCUUAUAAUUCUGUUAAAGUACAUUUGUCAACAGUUUCAGCUUGUUUGCCUCUGGAUACUCCUGUUUCAAGUUCUAUUUGGGGCAUAAAGUUCCUCAUUGGGGUUCUCCACAUGAAACCCUUGGGACUUAAAACUGUAUGUUAGAAAAGCGAACUCUUCCACCUUUUCAACCAGCUUUUAGUAGUACUUUGAAAUUUUUGACCUGAAAGAAUGUUUUGCUAGUGGUUUUAACCUCGGCUAAAAGAGUUUCUGAAUUUUGAGCCAUUUUGUGCAUUUCCCUGAUUUUUAUUUUCUCUUUCUCUCUCUCCUCUCUCCUGCAUCAUCCUACAGCUCCAUACCCAGUGCUCAAUGUCCAGUGCCACCUGCUAACUUCCCAGGACCAUCUCCUAUAGGGUUGGAGCUGACUCAGAUCUUGAUGGCACCUUGGGGGUCUGGCCAUUCACAUCUUGUGUGUGUGUGUGUGUGUGUGUCUUCUCUUGUCCUACACCUGUUACUUCCUAACAUCCGAGGGAUGGAUGUGCAAUGAGAAUGUGCUGUGUAUUUUCCCACCUCUGUAGCAGCUCAGCCUUGUCCACAACCCUGUUCUCCCAUUUGGGUCAUGACUCCUAGUUGUGAUGUCCCCAGCCUUCACCAGGGAUUGUUACAGGGACUUCCAUGGAACUACUCACCCACCAGGAAUGGUAAAACCCUUCCCUCCUUGCCUGUCUGUCAGUCACCUGACCUGCUAAUCAAAUCCAGGUCGCCUGGGCUGUAGCUGGGUAUUUUUCCCUGUACACCACUGGAGCAGCGAACAUCCCUCCACUUUUGGUUUUCAUAAAAAUAGAGCAAGUCUUCAAACUUAUCCAUCCUUCAUGUCUGUGAUGUUUUCUGAAUUUAAUCGUGAUCAGUAUAUCCAGCUUUCUUUCUUUCAUUCCAAACCCUCAUAACAAAGAAGGAAGAAUUCUUCAUUCCUUAAAUGUCCGUUGACAGCUCAGGUUCUACUUAGAAAAACUGAAGUUCUGAGAAAAAUUUGAUCAGUUGUUUGUCUCACUUGCAGAAAAUGAUGGGUUUGCCAGUGUCUAAGCAAACCAUUUCCAAAUUGAUUUCCAAUGCAGUUUACUUCUGUUAUUCAUUAUAUGGCAAACUGUUACCAUACAUGCUUAAAGCCAAUUUCUACCAGAGCAGUUUCUACUUCAGGGGCUUUCAUGCAAUGUUUGGAUUCUAAAUCUAUAUUUGAAGCUGCCACGUGGUUCUAUUACCUUUGAAUCUCUUAAAGCAAAAACUCUGGACAAGACCAUAAGUAAUGGGUGGACAAAGGCUCAAAAAUAGGAACACUUUUUAAAUAUUGCUGUUACAAGCUUAGAAAGUUGAUAGAAUAGCAGGUUAUGCAUUAGCAUGAAUUUUCUGAAGGGUAUGAAGUCCCAAACUCAAAUAUCAGUUGUCAUUUUCUGACUUUAACCCGCAACAAUUUACCAACCAUUUGCCAGAAAAACACAAUUUUAUUAGAAACAGACCAAAAAUGUGAGGCAAAACUCUGGACAUUCUGCGAAAAUCUGUACAAUUGAGAGCUGUGCUUGGUUCUCUGUCCACACUUUCACUGAACAUUGCAAACUGGAUGUUCAGUGUAGAGUAAGGACUAGAUUUUCUUAGGCUGUCCUUUAUGGCAUCCUGAACUCUGAGGGAUAACCCCCUUCCUCCACUCAAUAUAACUAAGCUGUGGUAGUAUUCAGAUAUGAGAGAUGCUGCGUCAGUGAUCUAAUGAAGAACCUCGUACAUCUGUGUUGGUAACCUAACAUAAUAGUAGAUGUUUGACUAGAUCACUAUUGCAGUACUAACCCUCCCUCCAUCCCAUCUUUGGGUAUCUUCUUAAAGUUUUGCCUUUUAGCCGGGGUUGGGUAUUCCCUAUUACCCCCCCCCCCCAAAAAAAAGUCCUUUUUCACACUGCUUUCAUUUUUAUAUGCCAGGGUUCAUUCACAUUACUUUAGGAAGUGUGUACUUUUUUAUAUUGUGUACCUGCAUAAGAAAAUCGUGAAGAUGCUGCAGACGUACAUUCCUCUUAUACCAGCACAUUGGCCCUUGUCUGGGGUGGAUGUAUGACUUACAGGGAAGAUCAUGAGCUUUGUGCAUUUUAGCCAAGGUCAGGAGAGAAACACUAUUGCUUAUUCUCAUUGUUCCUUGAUGACAAAGUAGAGUUGAUUUCAGAAAUAUGAGUCUCUUAUCACCAAGGACACCAUCCAGCUCCAUGCCAGGGAUGCCCUAAACCCUUAGGGAGGUUGACAAUUGCACCUCAACAUAACUCCAGUAGAUCUGUUGGUUUGAUUUUGUGGUUGGAGUCUCAGAAGCCA